CUGUUCGAAUUUGCUUCGGGUGGUUUCGUGUUGGCUGAAAAGGAUUCACUGCUCCCAAAUUUGGAGAACUUUGAUUAACAAUGUCGAAAUUAAAAAAAUAUGUUGAAGAGAGUAAAAGUACGAAGAAUUCUGAACUAGAAAUUAUUGAUAGAGGAAUCAGCAAUUUGUUGGAUGCUCCUGGAUUAUUUGAACUAGCUCAUCUAACAAGGUUGACGCUGUCACAUAAUAAACUUUCAAGUAUACCUGCUGCUAUUACAAAUUUAUACAACCUGGAAACAUUUAACUGUUUUAACAACCACAUUAAGGAAUUACCCCAAACCAUAAGUCAAAUGGUAAAACUGAAAAUACUAAAUCUUGGGAUGAAUAAACUGAACAUGUUACCGAGAGGAUUUGGAGCAUUCCCAGUGCUUGAAGUUCUAGAUGUGACAUACAAUAAUCUUAGUGAAAACAGUCUACCAGCUAACUUUUUUCAUCUGGAUUCACUGAGGGCACUGUAUCUAGGAGACAACGAUUUUGAGACAUUUCCGCCUGAAAUUGGAAAACUAAAAAAUUUACAAAUAUUGGUGUUAAGAGAAAAUGAUCUGAUUUCCAUACCAAAGGAAAUUGGUGAACUGGUAAGGUUACGAGAAUUGCAUAUUCAAGGAAACAGACUUACAGUUUUACCACCAGAAAUAGGGAACUUGGAUCUGGUAGGGUCAAGACAAGUGUUUAGAGGGGAAAACAAUCCAUGGGUAACACCCAUAGCUGACCAGUAUCAGGUGGGAGUGUCACAUGUGUUUGAUUACAUCAGAUCAGAAACAUACAAGUUUUUGUAUGGACGUCAUUUAGCUGCAGAUGCUCCACCACCACCCAAAACUGCUGACAAGUCGAAGAAAAUAAGCCGCCUUGGAUAGACUUGUCAACAUUUGCUUGAAAGGAAUACUGUGCUGAAAUUUUAGUUUUUCUGCCCUCACAUUCUGUGAUGGGGUCAGUCUGUUUGUUUGUCUUUUUGUUCUUACAAACUUCAAAACUUUGGCCUACAGUCCUAAGAUUUGGUGUGGUGAUUUGUCAUGACAAGUAGAUGAUCAAUAAGUCAAAGGUCACCAUGGCUUUGACCACUUAUGCUUGUCUCACCAAUAAGAAAUUAAAGGCUUUGCCCACAG